AAAAUUUUUUAAAAUACCUCACUUUUUGUGAAACCGCUCGUCACGCUAUCUAGAGUUCUAUUAUACAAGUUCAGUUGAGUUCAUUUUACGACGAUUCUCCGACGUGAACGCAGGGAACGUGGUUUAAAAAUCCGGGAUUCGUACAAGUUCAACAGAAUAGUUGUCAAAUGUGAAUAAAUAUUUAAAUGUCUCCUAACACUGUGGAAAAUCAUUGUCUGUCAAAAUUUUGAUUGACACUAGAAUUGUCUCAAGACUUUAGGAAUAAAUUUUUUUGUCAUUCGUGAGUUCAACGUACGAUUAUAACAAAAAGAAAAAAAAAAUGUGGCACCUCCAAUGCUCGAGUAAUUGGUUACAUUUGAGUUUUGACAGCUUGUGCUAUUUGUGGCCAAUGGAUGAAUUGUGGAAUCAGUAAAUUAAUUAUGAGAAUUAACUCAACGAAAAUGAGUACUCCGAUUGAGGAGAAGAUUGAUCAGAAGUUAAAGGUGCGGACGGGAAUGGUGGCAGUUAGCGAUGGCAAAAGUAAACCAAUUCCAAUGCGAUUAUAUCUAUCAAUGGAAAUUCUGAAACUUCAAAGAGAAGAUUUAGAGCAGGCAACGAAUCAUAAUAAACCUCCUGUGGAUGCAAAAGAGCGAAUGGUUCAGAUAACGAGGCAAAAAGUUGGAGGCUUAGGAUUGAGUAUAAAAGGAGGAGCUGAGCACAAGCUUCCUGUUUUGAUAUCACGAAUUUAUAAAGGACAAGCAGCUGAUCAAUGUGGUCAACUUUUCGUUGGAGACGCUAUUAUAAAAGUGAAUGGAGAAUACAUCACAGCCUGCAAUCAUGACGAUGCCGUGAAUAUACUUCGAAAUGCUGGCGACUUGGUUGUUUUGACAGUGAAACAUUAUCGAGCAGCGAAGCCAUUUUUACAGAAAAAUGAAAAGGAGGAAAAAUUAGAUAAUGCCACAAAUGGUACUGCAGAGGAUGGAUGGGUUUCACCGAGUAAACAACCAGGAAGCCCUAGAUGCAGUCACAGUAGACAUGGUUCGAAUGCAUCUGCAAGUUCCACCCACGCAAAAAAGUGGGUCGAUCUAAUAACAGUUCCAUUGAUGAUGGCAUAUGUUACUAGAUAUAUAUUUGGUACUGAUAAAUUGAGGCGGAAUGCUUUCGAAGUAAGAGGAUUAAAUGGAGCCAGAACUGGAAUAAUACAUUGCGACGAUAGUGCCAUUCUUAGUCAAUGGUUGAAAUUUAUUACAGAUAAUAUUACAGGACUGACACAUUUUCAAAUGAAGUUAUACAAUCGAAACUUUGGAGUAGGCGAGCGAAUUGAAUAUAUGGGCUGGGUAAAUGAGGCCAUCAGCAAUAGCAAUCAACCAUGGCAAAGUUACAGGCCAAGGUUUUUAGCUCUUAAAGGACCGGACUUGUUACUUUUCGAAACACCGCCCUGCAACAUAGGAGACUGGUCAAGAUGUGCAUUAACUUUUAAAGUAUAUCAGACAAUGUUUCGUGUGAUGCGAGAAUCGGAAAAUGUUGACGAGCGUCAACAUUGUUUUUUAGCGCAGAGUCCUGGAAAGUCUCCAAGGUAUCUUAGCGUGGAAACGAGGCAGGAAUUAUUGCGAGUUGAAGCUGCAUGGCAUACUGCCGUUUGUUCUGCAGUCACACAUCUUAAAAGCAAAACAUUUCCAGUGAAUUUCAAUGGAAAAUCAGCAGGAUUGACGUUGGAGUGGUCUCAAGGUUUUUCGCUCGCUUUUGAUGGCAUGACGGACAAUGUUUGGAGGUAUAAAUUUUCUCAACUUCGUGGGUCCAGUGAUGAUGGCAAAAGUAGAUUAAAAUUACAUUUUCAAGAACAUGACAGUAACGCUAUUGAAACUAAGGAAUUGGAAUGCUCCCAGUUACAGAAUUUAUUAUUCUGCAUGCACGCUUUUCUAACGGCAAAAGUAGCUGCAGUCGAUCCAACUUUUUUAACGUCGACAACACCGUAAGGUUUUUAUUAUUAAUGCAGUAAGUACGACUGAACUCAAUUGACUCAAUUUUUUCGAAAGAAAUCGUUAAGUUUUUGCAAAAAAAAGACAAAACUAAUGAACCCAAGGAAGUUCUAGUCAAUAUUCCAAAAAAAAUAUAUUAUUUUAAUUUCAAUUUUUUGACUAUAUUUUUUAUUGAAAAAAAUAGUUUUGUUAUCUUAUUUUCAUUUUUUACUACUAAUUUACCAAAAAGAAAAUAAUUCUACUCUACAAGUUUGUACAAACUGGAGUAUUUUAAAUAAUUAUUUAAAUUUAUAGAAAUAUUUAUUUCUAGACUGAGUAUAAUUUAGGAUUCCAUAUUAAGAAGCAUAUUUUACUAUUAUGUUGUAAUUUUAUAAUUAUCAUUUGUAUGUAUAAAAAUUUCUUUUGAAAUUGUGGAAUUGCUUAGGAAAAAAAUAAACAAUUAUCUAGUUUAGGAGAGAGAAAAUUACAUAGAUCAAUAAAAAAAAAAAAAAUCUCACUUUUUAAGUCGUAAAUAUAUUGUAAGAAAGAUUAAAAGUGUAAAUUAGUUUUUCGUUUUUUUUCAAAUUUCUAUUUUCCAUAGACGUAUACAUUAUUAUAAUAAUUGUUAUCGCGCAUUUACCUGUUGCACUCGUUCAUGGUUUUUAAGUAACGAAAAAAAAAAAAUUGUAAGAGGGAUACAAAACGAAAAAAAAAUGUUAAUAAAUUUUUUUUUUAUUAAACAUAUCGAGUGCCUUGAAAACCGUGAAUACAGCGUAACUGUAUUUUAAUGAAAAUGCAACAAAUUUUCAAACGGUUCUUUUUUUAAAAACUAUAAUUUAUAAUUGAAAAUAAUAAUUUGUAUAAUAAUUUAUAAUUGUUAUUUGCGCAAUUUUUAAUGUUAAACUUUUUUUUUAAAUCAAUGACAAAUGAUAUAACUUUAAUGCCAGUAUUACUAUGUCAAUAAAAAUUUCAAUCAUAUAGACAUAGUUAUGUCAUGUAAUAAGAAAUAUUGUGUACUUCGACCAUGGUGGCUAUACCUUCGAGUAAUAAAAAUUUCUUCUAACGUUUUAAAAUAACGUUUUUUGAAAUUAAAUAGUUAUUAUAAUAUAGUGAUUUUAUCGAGACGGUGGUAUUUAGAAUAUUAUAGAAUUCCAUUUACUCUCGAUAUAUUUAAUGAAUCUCGAUAUGCUUUCAUAGACAUCUAGAUAUAUAUAAAUUAUAUAAAUUAUAUAUAUAUACAUAUAUUUUUCAAAUAUUAAGUUUAUAUUAAAGAAGAAAACUGUUAUGAAAUAUGUAAUUAUUUUUUUUACUAUAUGCAGGAUUUAGAAUUUGUGCUUUCAAUGAUCACUCGUUUAUAUAUAGAGAAUCUGCAAUUUAUUUGCCACGAUAUAUUUAUAUUAAUAUUAUCUUAAAUUAUAUUAUAUUGAAAAAGAGAUAAGCUUCUAUGAUUAAUGUUAGAAUUAUGAUAUUAUUGUUUAAAUUAUCCAAGUCUAUAAUUUUUCAACAAAAAGAGUUCGACAGUAUAUAAAUUUUUAUAUAUAUAUAAAAUAAAAGAAAGAGAAAGGAAUAGUUUAGUUUACCUGUUGCAGUCUCUAUCAAAAAUUCAAAACUUAAUACUAUAAAAUUUAAUUUAGUAAAAUUAUCUGACAUUAAUGGCAAAAUAUCUUGAUUUAUUUAUUUAUUAUUAUAUGUAUAUUAAUAAUAAUUAUUUAUAAAUUUAUUGAUAUUAAAAUAAUAAACGAAAAAAUGAAUUUCGUAAAAAUCUAUUGAAACAAUUUUUGAUAGAGACUGUCGAAAAAAAACUACCUGAAAAUGAGUUAAUAGUAUAAUCAGUAUAAUUGACCAACGAUUGAACUUUAUAUAAAGCAUUUUCAUAAAAUUGUUUUCACAUAAAUUAUAUUAAUUUUUGUUAGUAUCACCUUUUUAACAUUAUUGUUUUUAAUGUAAUAGCAUUUGAAAUAGAAAACAAAAAAAUACGAUUCUCGGUUUACUCGUAGAAAGUGCCUAAACUUUAUCUUAGAGUAAUGACCGUUUAUUGUAUAAAUAAUUCUUUUAUGAAACGAUUUAUUGCAAAUUCAGUGGACGCCAGGAUGUUACCAUGGUCAGAAUAAUAAUAAAAAUAAUAUAGAAUAAAAUACAAUCUCUAAACGAAAAUUCAUCCUCAAUAAAUAUAGGUAUAUAUAUAUAUUGCGUCUUUGAAUUGUUAAAAAGAAAGAAUUAAAAUAUUUUAAUUUUUUUUUAAACAUAAAUGUUAAAAUGUAGUCUACGAUUAUAAUUAAUAUCCAAUGGUGAAUUUUUGAAAAAGAGAAACGCUAAAACGAACUUUUAAUAGGCGUACAAUUUUUGAGAUUAUUAGUGAAUGAUGAUGAAAAAUGUGAAAAGAAUGCAUGUAUUGUAAUAUCAAAUGCUUGAAAUUUUGAAAGCGUAGAAAAUUAAAUAAUCUACACGAUUGAAUUUAAUUACAGAAACAUUUUUUUUUAUUAUUAUUAUGUAAUAAUUCUAAUACCAAAGCCUAGAUAUAUAAUAUAUAUAUAUUAAAUGCAGAUUGUCACGAAAAUCACAAUUUUUCUCAAUGUGCACACAACUUUAUUUUUCGUCAAAGAAUAAUAUGUUAAACCCUGUAAUUAAAUUUAGAUCGCAAUUAAGGACUGCACAAUUAUUAUAUUGUAUAGGUAGCUUAUGAAAAUUAUAUAAAAAAAAGCCGAACAAAUUUAUCGCAACUGAAAAUUAUAUAUAUAAAAUUAACUAUAAACAUUAGCUAAACGAAAAUUCACAAAUUAUCCACUGCAGAGUGAGUAUUUCUUUCUUUUUCAAGUUUUAUUUGCAAAAUUUCAAAUUUUUUUUCAAUACAAAUAUAAAAUUCAGUCAAAAAAUGAAAUGAAAGUACAAAUACUUUUCUUUAUAUAUAAAUAUCUAUUUAUAAUCUUUGCAUUAUUAUCAGUAAAAUAUGUAUAAAAUAUUUUUAUUCCUCAUUCUUAAUUAAAAUACAAUUAAAGAUUUUGUUUAAUUAAUUAUAAUUUUAUAUUUAUAAUAAUAAUAAUAAUAAUAAUAUUAUUUAUGAAACUUUUUAAAUAAAAAUAAAAAUUAGUCAAUUAAUUACACUAAAUGGAAUUUGAAGAUAUUGAAUUCAUUGCUGAAGAAAAAAUUCAUUUAUAAAAUGGCAGAGACGAUGAUAAGUGAAACUUAUGACGAGUCAAUUAUUUAAAAACAGAAAAUCUAUUCUAUAAAUUGUUUAUUAAUAAAACGAAUAUAAUAAAAGAUUUCUGUCAUUGUUAAAACGAUUUUUAUAUAUUAAAAUUGUCAUUCACUCUCUAGUGGAUAUAAAAAUCAUAUAUAUAUAUAUAUAUAUAUAUAUAUAUAUAUAUAUAUUAUAUAUAUAUGAAGAAAUUUUAUCUUGAACGCUUAAUUAUGUUGCAAAUUACUUUUUGUGAAAAUAAUUAGUGAAAAACUCAACAUAAAAUUCUGCUAGUUAUUUUCAUAAAGAGUUUGAUUUUAUCCAGAAUUAAAAUCUACAAUACGUUAUACUCGUAUUUAAACAUAAAACAGAAAAUUUGUUUCAAUAAAAAAAAAAAUCGUAAUAAGAAAUAUAAUUGUUUACCUUCUAUUAAUUAUUGAUUUUAAUGUUAUUCAAAAACUUAGAAAUUUUCUUUUUUUUUUUUUUAUUGAAACAAAAUAUUCUGAUUGUGUACAUAAUGAAAAAAAAAUCAUUUGUUAAUUCUUUGUGGACAAAUUUUCUGCGCGAUGCUACAAAACGCACCUAAUAUUGCCAAACUUUCAACGCUCGAUAUUCCUUGUGAUUUGAAAAAUUAUUGUUUCUAUUAUUCCAUCAUUUCUUUUAAAUAUGAAAAUAUACUUGAAAUUUAUUAAUAUAGUAUAUAGAAAAGAACGAUUAAUAUUAUAUCAAAUGUUUAUUUUAAAAAAAAAAAAAUAAAAAAAAUAAAAACGCAGGGAAUUUUUGGGCUGGCGAAAAGUUUGGAGGAUAUCUUCGAGAUAUAGUUUAUCUGUUAUAAUGUCUAUCCCCCAAUUGACAAUAUGUUUUAAAAUAUAUAGUCGUUACAGGUU